UCCUGAUGUCAGUCUGUAGCUGUAGCUGGUGAUGAAGUGUUACAGACGAGCUAAACUAACCUCUCAGCGAGCAUAUACAACUAUAACAAGAAUAAACUAGUAACCAGAAACGUUUAGUGGUCUGUUAACCAAGAACAGCGCUUUAUCAUCUCAACUAAUCUGUUCGCUUGGCUUUUAUUCUCCCCUUUUUCGCUGUAGUUGUUGUCACGCUAGCGUUUGCUUAGCAUAGCUAGCACAACAUCUGCUGAGCUAAGCUAGCUGACUAGCCGCCGUCCUGUCGGUUGUUUUGUUGCCCUGAUUUCACCUCGACGAGCCACCGGAGAGGAACCGGAGAAACAUGACGCAGACACGAUGCCUGGGAGUAACGUUACUGUUGAUUUUAGCUGCUGUCCUGCACCAGGGUUUUGCCACUGUUGCCCCGCCCACAACUGCCCAAACCACCGCGGCACCGCACAAAGAGCCCGGCAGACCUGAGAAAGGAAACUACAAGGUCACCAGCAGCAACGGUACCACCUGUUUACUGGCAUCCAUGGGUCUCCAGCUCAACAUCACCUUCAACUCUGUCUCCCAGAAUAAGACUGUGCAGGAUGUCGUGAACCUUCAACCCAAUAUGACAAAAGGCUCUGGAUCAUGUGACUCUGACAACGCCUCCCUGUGGCUCUCAAUGGAUGCAGAGAAGAAGAUCAACCUCACCUUUUUCUUCUCUCUGAAUACUACGACCAAUAAGUUCCACCUGAGUGAAGUGUCUCUGUCAGCAGCCUGGCCAGACAUGAAAGAGCCCUUCUCGGCCGAUAACGCCAGUCUGGACUACCUGCGGGGCACCCUGGGCUUCUCAUACAUGUGCCAUGAGCAACAAACUCUGAAUGUGGCCCAGGAUUUGUCAAUCAACACCUUCCAGGUGCAGGUGCAGCCCUUCGGCCUCACUGGAGAUCAGUUUGGAGCAGCGGAGGAAUGCCAGUUGGAUGAAGAUGACAUGUUGAUCCCCAUCAUAGUCGGCGCAGCUUUAGCAGGUCUCGUCCUCAUCGUGCUCUUGGCCUACCUCAUCGGCAGGAAGAGGAGCCACGCCGGCUACCAGACCAUCUGAGGUCACUUGUCACUCUCAUGUUCUCAGAGGCCAGAGCGCGCUAUCCCACCCUUGAGAUUAACCACUGUUUUAUGAGACUUAACACUCCACCCUGUCCCCUUCUAUCCCUCCAUCCUUCAUCCUCCCUGCUCCUCUGUGUGCUGUUCUUUGCCCUCAUCAGUAACACUAGUCAUUAUCACUUUGUGGAGGUUGAUAGGCUGUUUCUGAACUGACCCGCUCAUUCUUUAAAAAACAAAAGGGGGCUUUGUUUGGAGAUUGUAAUGAAAUGAGGAAAGACCUACUGGUACUACGUAAAGCAGGGGAGGGAUGUUGAUCAGAGGGUCCAAAGUGUAUUGUACUAUUUAUGAUUUCUGUGAAAGGAAUUUUGAGGGAUUGUGGGAUUUGAGGGACUUGCUACUGUAGCUUAUUGUAUACCUGCUCUAGGGUGACCAUUUUUAGUGGUUUGGCCCUAAAUGAGGUUUGGUAUCAUAAAGGGAAUAUUUCUGGCUGUUUAACUUGAUCCACUUCAGAUGGUAAAGAUGUUUUUUUUUUUAAUUGCAACUCGACAUUUAGCCCAAGUAUGCAGAUUUUAUGUAACAUACUAAAAACACAGUAACCUAAUCCUAAAAAGGAUAUGUGAGGAGUUCCUUUAGUAGUUAAAAUGCAUUUAGGAAUUGAUUUUGUUCACUGGGAUUAGCGACGAUAUGUACCGUUACUUCCCUCUUAAAGGUACUCAGCACAUUUUGUAUGGAGACUGCAGAUGCAGUUGUUAGCUUUGUAAGAUAAUUAUGUUUGGGCUUUUUCACUUCAUUUAAAGGAACAAUUCAACAUUUGGGGAAAUUAUUUGCUUUCUUGCCAAGAGGAUGAAAAGAUCGAUAGCAUUCUCAUAUUUCCUAAAUGUGAAGCUACAGCCAGCAGACGGUUAGCUUAGCUUAGCACAAAGACUGGAAACGGGGGGAAACAGCUAGCCCGGCUCAGUCCAAAGAUAAAACAAAAUCUGCCUACCAGCACCUCUAAAGCACCUGUUUAUUAGUGAGCUUUAGAGGUGCUGGUAGGCACAAUUGUUACCUUUGUACAGAGAGAUGCUAGCUGUUUUCCCCGUUUCCAGUCUUUAUGCUAAGCUAAGCUAACCGUCUCGUGGCUGCAUUGUCAUAUUUACCGUACGAGAGUGGUAUUAAUCUUCCCAUCUAACUUAGAGACAGGAAUAUGAAUUUCCCAAAAUGUCAAACUAUUCCUUUAAAGUGAUGGUUGGUUUCUGCUGUUACAAUGUUCACACGCAACAGUUGUUGCUUAAACAAUCUUAAAAAACCCACUACCGUUGGCUCAUGUGGAUGAAAAAAGCUCAGGACAUCACUAUACAAGUGAAAUAAUGUUGAAGUGUUACAGUCCACUGUUUGUUUUCUUUUCCCCUGAAUAUGGGCCCACAUGGGAUUUUGCUUACUGAAGGGAAAGAAGUUGCACUAAAGUUCUGACAAAUAGCCCCAUGUAAUGAUUAAAGUGGCCAAAAUGCUCUGGUCAGUGUUCAUCAGUGCCUUCCCAGCUGUAACAUAGAUGGGAUUAAAGUAAAGCCAAUACCAUAGAGGUACUCACUCACUCACUGACACUGUGUGCUGCCGUGUCUGGGACACGUCCUCUGUGUCUCACAUUGCCUUCAUGUACUGUUACUACCAUAAAUAUGCAUUGUUUGAUGUUGUAGAAAGAAAGUACCGAUAUUUGUUUUUUUGUGUGUUUAUUUUUCUCCAUCUAAAUAUCCAUGUAGUGAUUUAAUAAGGUUUUAAUGGAUUUGUUUGAACUGUUUUCUAAAGGAGAGGCCAAUAAAAGUGAAUGAACGAGA